UACUGGAUCAGCCAGUCGAUCCCUCAUGUGAAUUCCGUCGCAACCAUUUCAACGAACAAUUCAAACCACGAGCACGAAUUCUGGUGGCGCGACACAGUCACGACCUCACUGCGUUUAUAUAGUAUCCGAGAAAAUUAUUCGACCGACGCUGCAGCGCCAAGCUCGUCUUGCGCCACACUUGUUUACACCGCUGUCAGUCAUUCGUAGGAUCGCGUCAAAAACUAAGAGGAGCGUCGUCUGGCUUUCAGCGGCUCAUCUACUUCCCUCGAAUCACACAAGCCAAACGAUGGGCUCUCGCCGCCUCCAGCUGCAGAUGCGGUCGCUGCUCUACCGGGCGACAAAGCUGUGCGGCCAGCCGCACCGUCGAAAAAGCCGACCUUCUCCACGCGGCUCUCGCGCAUGUUCGUGCAUAAGGAAGGCGGCGAAGGUUCAGCCAAGGACGAACCACGAAGAGAUGCUCCCCUGACGGAGGGAGUUGUUGUCGAGAAUGGUGACGCCGAAGUUACUUCACCCAAGUCAAACGGGAAAUCGUCGCUCUACCGAACUCUGUCUAAAACCGAUACUCCUCGAAGUGGAUCCGACUCGAAGAAAGAGAAGCUGGCAGAGGCCUCAACUGCUUCAAAACGAUUCUGGGUCGAUGAGAAUGGCGAACAUGGGCACAACCUGAAAGGCGCAAAGCGACAGGACAAAUUGAGCGACAUGUUCCGAGAUUUCAUGUUGGGAAAGAAGAAGGAGCAUGUUGAGGAGCAGCCUUUGUCGCUGAUGUCGACAUGGGUCGAUCAGAUCAAGAGUGAAAAGACGGCCGGAGAGAAGAAGGGCGGCCCGAACACUGCAGCCACAUUGGUGCAAAAGUACGGGAAAUGUCAAGAGAUAGUCGGUCGCGGCGCCUUUGGCAUUGUGCGAAUCGCACACAAGGUCGACCCGAGCAAUCCCAACCAGGAACAGCUGUAUGCUGUGAAGGAGUUUCGGAAACGGCCGCAAGAAGACGCGAAGAAGUACAGCAAACGAUUGAAUUCCGAAUUCUGCAUCUCAUCGUCCCUUCGACACCCAAAUGUCAUACACACUCUCGACCUGCUUGAAGACUCAAAGGGCGAUUUCUGCGAAGUGAUGGAAUUCUGUGCUGGUGGAGACCUUUAUUCUCUGGUUCUUGCGAAUGGCAAGCUUGAUAGCCCCGAAGCCGAUUGCUUUUUCGCUCAGUUGAUGCGAGGAGUUGAAUACAUUCAUGAGAUGGGUGUUGCCCACCGAGAUCUCAAGCCCGAGAACCUCCUCCUCACAACUCGGGGCGCACUGAAGAUUACCGACUUCGGCAACGGUGAAUGUUUCCGUAUGGCGUGGGAGACGGAGCCUCACAUGACGGCCGGGUUGUGUGGCAGUGCGCCCUACAUCGCGCCGGAAGAGUACACCGAGAAGGAGUUCGACCCUCGCGCAGUUGACGUUUGGGCCUGUGGUGUCAUCUAUAUGGCGAUGCGCACCGGCCGACAUCUCUGGCGUGUAGCGAAGAAAGACGAGGAUGAGUUCUACGAUGCGUACAUUCGCGGACGGAAAAGCGAGGAGGGAUAUGCUCCAAUCGAGACGCUUCAUCGGGCUCGAUGCCGCAAUGUCAUCUACAGCAUCCUGGAUCCUGCCGCUUCUCGCCGGAUAUCUGCCCAUCAGGUUCUGAACUCUGAGUGGGGUAAAGGCAUCAAAUUGUGUACCGCCGGUGAACAGGGAUUAUAACACUGCGUCAAUGACGACGACGAUCGAAGCUAUCAGUCAUGGCCCGGCACACCAACUUGAUUCCGGACCGCUUGGCCUUCCUUCACGGGCCUUGAAAGAUGGCGCUCUGGGCCCUACCCACGAAAGCCAGUUGCAAGCAAAGAUCAGAACACUCCUGAGGUCAUCUUGAUUCGACAUCACGGCCGUCUGUCCCUCAUAAACACAAUCUUCACAGUUGCCCGCCGACCUCGCACGCGAC